UCCAUUCUCCAACUGUCAAAGUAUUCUGGUCUCAGUCCAGCUCACAUUUGGCAGUCACGUCGGAAAGGGCUAUAUUUCUCCCUCGGGCUAUACUAUCUGAGCUGAAAAUGUUCUCUCUAUUGUAUGGAAUCCUUGAAACCAUCUCAGGCACCAUUUACACGGUGGUGUCCUCGGUUUGGCACAUUCAACAGGCUCUGACCAACCUGAUGAUGUCGUCAUUUUUGUUGGUGUUGGGAUUGGUCUGUCACCCAAUAAUGGUUGUUCCUAUGCUUUAUGGCGGAUACUACUUCAUCCGCAACUACUAUUUCUACCGUUCCAAGAUCCAACGGGUUGAAGACACAUCCGAAAACGAUGGCAUGCGUUACAUUUCGCGCACUCCACGUCUUCGCAAGUUCCGCAACUUUGGAAACAUGACCUCGCGCAGCGAAGGCAACGUAAACUAAUUGUUCCAUUAGUAAAUUAUAGAGUGCGUGUUUAAUCAGUAAAAAAUAUAUAGUUAAUUAUGUAAGCAA